UACUUACUUCCGGUCAGGAAGAUGGCCGUACACAACAAAUAGUUAGCGGAAAUAUUAACUAUAUUUAAUUAGUUUUCUUCGUUUUAUAGACGUAUAACCGAGGUAUUUGCUGGAAAACACCAACCAGUAUCCAUGGAGACGCCACAGCCCGGCCCAGCAGACGGAGAGGAGCGAUCGGUGGAGCUGCGGCCCAGAACACGCUCCAACCCGGAGGGUGCAGAGGACCGGCGCAGCAGCACUGGUAGCCUAGGCAACAGCAACCCCAGCACCCAGCAGCCCGCAGUGGGCAGCCGAGUGGAGGGGGAGGGGGAGGCCUCAACCAGCGACAGUCCUCCUAGCUCCAUCACCACCACAGUCUCUGCCACCACAGCCCAGGCUGUGGCCCCUAUAGUGGCUGCUACAGUCAAUGCCAUAGUAGGCCUGGCCACCCCCACGCCAGUAGCCAAGGACAGGCCUAAACCCACCCAGGCUCCUCCCCCUCUGGCGCCCCCCAUCCCUCCCACGGCAGAGUUCCAGCUACGAGCCCCCCGCGUCAACUGUCCAGAGAAAGUGAUAAUCUGUUUGGAUCUCUCUGAAGAGAUGUCAUCGCAAAAGCUGGAGUCCUUCAAUGGAUCCAAGACCAACGCUCUCAAUAUUUCCCAGAAAAUGAUUGAGAUGUUUGUGAGAACGAAGCACAAGAUUGACAAGCGCCAUGAGUUUGCUCUGGUGGUUGUUAAUGAUGAUGCCUUGUGGCUGUCAGGUUUCACUUCUGACCCCAGGGAGCUGUGCAGCUGUCUCUAUGACCUGGACACCAAUGUGUGUGAGACCUUCAAUCUAGAGGAUCUUCUUAGUGUUAUCCGUCAGAAGAUAGAGCUUCCUCUGAUGGACAACAUCCAGACCAUCCCCCCUCCGUUUGUAGUCAGGACUCUCCUCAUCUACAGUAGACACGCUGGACAGCUGCAGUUCAACCCCUCAGACGCUGUCAAUAACAUGCUGCAGUCUCCCUACUUCUUCUUUGAUGUGGUUUACCUUCACAACGGGGCUGAGGAGCAGGGGAAUGAGGCCAGCUGGAGGGACAUCUACACAUCAUUCUGUAACCUGGACUCUAAAGGCACCUGUUACCGCUUUGAGGUAUCUCUGUGUGGGCCGGCCAUCGAGCUCCACAACUGCAUGGCCAAGCUGCUGUCCCACCCCCUCCAGAGACCCUUCCAGAGCCAUGCCUCCUACAGCCUGCUAGAGGGAGAUGACCCCCAGGAUGUAGAGGCCACCGUCUAACUGGAGGUGCCUGGUAGAGCGACAGACCCCAGGGGGAGGCCAGUGUUUAACUUGGGGGUCUCCAAAGUACCCUGGUCCUGGAGAGUUACAGGGUCUGCAGGCUUUUGUUCAUUUGACACUGAAUCAAGAGGUGUGUUAGUGCAGGGCUGGAGCAAAAGCCUGUUGAAUAAGGUGUGUUAGUGCCCGGCGCCGGACUAAACGGCUGCACACACUGUAGCUCUCCAGGACCAGGGUUGGAGAACACUGCUCUAACUGGACAAGGAGAUGGGUUGCUAGGAGAUGACAAUGAGGAAAUGAGGAAGCAUGUGUGUAUGUAUUCCAUUUAGUUUUAAACCUGAUCUGGGGACAGUGUUUUCCCUACAAGUCUUAAAGAGUGAAAUCCAUGGCAGUACUUCUAGGCCUACACAAUAGAUGUGACCCAUUUCCAUGGCUGGCUUGUGGAAAACGUACAUUGAAAUGACUAAAUAUAGCUAUACACACUAUCAGGAGCAAGGUUGUUGUAAUGGGUUGUCUGGGUUUGGGAAGGGUUGUAAACUAUGAUUCAUUUUCUUUUCUUUACAUCCGUUCACCCUCUGAUGGGUAAGUUUGCCUUAUCAGAUCAGCUGUUUAUAUUCCCACUGAUGUUGCCUGUUGUUUUGUCAAUUGUGUUUUCGUUGAUCUGUUUCUGAUGAUUAAAAUAUAAAUGUUAGGUUUA